CCAGAAACAACAACAGUCUGCGACCAGCUACAGGGUAAAGAGAACAUGCAUUGCUCUUCUUUUAUCCUCACAUUGGUUUGUUUCUCUCAUACUCUGGUGAAUUUUAUAACUUGGGGUGAACAGUACAGUCUGGAGUGUCUCAGUAAUUAUUUAUCCAAUAUCACCUGCUCUCUGAACAUCUCGGCUGAGUCUCUGGGCAAUGAAUUGUCCUACUGGCUGCAUUUCAGCACAUAUGACGAAAACCAUGACUGCACACUGAAGAUGGGAGAACAGUCGUUACUGUGCGAGUUGGAUUUAUCACCGCAUGUGACUUUCACCGAUGUGGACAGCUACAGGAUCUCCCUUUAUUCCGGUUACCAUGGCAACAACUUCUCAGUCGUACUAGAUGCUGACUUCAUGCCUAGUAAACACAUUCGUCCAGUCCCUCCGUCGAACCUGUCGCUGCUCUGGGAGAAAGACAGGGCUCUUUUCCAGUGGCAGAGCGGAUAUGACGCAGACAGACUCCUCGUGUCCCACUUACAGUACCAGCUCAACAUUUACAGUCAACACAAGCUGUAUGAGGUAGAAGCUGUUGACCAGAAGAUGUAUGUGGAUGAGUCUAGAUUUGAGCCUCACACAAAUUACACAGUACGCGUGAGAUCGCGGCCAGAUCAAGUGGAUUACAAAGGCAUGUGGAGUCUGUGGGCCCCUGCGCUGCACUGGAGAUCAGGGGACAUUCACAAAGAGACUCCAGGAGGAUCUUUCCAUAUUGCCUGGUAUCUACUGCUAUUGCCAUUGCCGCUGGUCCUUCUGUCCUGUAUCCCAUAUUCUAGAUGGAGGAAGAAUGAUUAUAUACCAUCACCAGCCCCUUAUUUCAGAGACUGGGAUGUAGAUGUUCAGAUCCGUUCAAUGCUGUCAGGUAAAAUGAGAGAUAUAAUGCAGGGGGAGGAGUCUCUCCAGAUUGACAUUCUGACAGAGAGCACAGACACGCCCCCUCAGCCCACCAGCUUAAACUAUGAGAAUAUGGGAGAGAUCAACGAGCAUGAGUCUCCCAGCAUGCCGCAGUCUCCUGUGGGUUCAGACGUCGACUCAGGCUGCUGGAUUCGCGAUUUUAUCACCGAGAGAGAAAGCAUCACAUGCAGUGAGGACUACUGCACACUCUCCAAUUCACACACUUAUGCUGUCUAACAUGU